GAUAACUCUAACGUCUUGUUGGAAGUCUUGUGUUAUUCUUUUCACCACAUGGUGAACUUUCCAGUAUAGUACCUAAAUUAACAUAUUUUAGAUGUCUAAGUCAAAGUUAGAACUUUGCCAUCAUAUUCUUAAAGAAUAUCAUGGUGAAUUAAUUGCAAAAGUUGGCUUUUACUUGCUAAAGAAAGCGAAAGGGUCGUCGCCGCUACGGCAGAUUUCGUUAGACACAUCACUCGACGUAGCGAAAGUGCAGAAAGCUUUAUGCGUCUUGAUACAACAUGGGCUAGUGGCAUUUCAAAAGAGUAACAAAAGCUUUAUGGAGUACAGCAUAAACAUUGAUAAGAUCAUGAACCAUCUUCGCUAUUCAAGAUAUAUUCACUGUGCUAAAGUGUUGUAUGGAGAUGGUGCAGAACUCCUUGUUGAGGAGAUUCUGCAUGCAGGUCAGACUGACAUGGCAACAGUGGUGAAGAAGGUCACAGAUCGACUUAAUGAUGCUCUAGAGACAGCAGGUCAUCCUAAAAUUUCAUCGAGUCUUGUGCGAGAUAAAUUCAACAGCCUUGUCCAAACACAUUUUCUUCAGAGGUGCUUCUCUCCAGUUCUAGAUGAUAAGAAGAGAGUCAUUCGACUUGAACAACCUGAAAAUGUAGAAGAAUUAUUUUCAGUUCAACCAAUGGAAGUAGAUGGAGGCAACCAGGGACAAAAGAGGAAGCUGACUUUGGACAGUGAUUUGCCAAACAAAAGAUUUAAAACCGAAUCUACAUCAAAAGAGGCAAGUCCAGGGGACAGCAUCUUUUGGCAGGUAAACUGUGAAAGAUUUCAUCAUCACUUCCGAGAUCAGGCGCUGAUAUCAGCAGUGGCCAGGCGUCUGGAUAAGAAAGCAGGGGAGAUUAUGAGAGCUAUUCUGCGGAUCAGUGAAGUCAAAACAGACCCCUUAGCUAAACAGACGGUUCCAGUCUCCUUCACAGAGAUUUUUGGAAGCCUACAAAAGGAGUUAGGUUUUACAAGAAAUUUGUUAGAACAGUACCUUCACAACAUGACUGAUGAAGUGCCAGAGUUUGUGUCAAAAUGUGAUGACAGUGGUGGAGGAAUGUAUGUUGUCAAUAUAUUUCAGGCUUUACAGGCAUUAUGUAAAGCACAUAUUGAAUCGGUGGUUCUGGAAAGGUUUGGGUCUAAGUCUCUGCGGAUUUUUCGUGUUAUUCUUUUGAAGAAGCAAGUGGAACAAAGUCAGAUAGAGACAUGCGCCAUGAUUCCAUCAAAAGAAGCCAAAGAACUGCUGUACAAAAUGUUUGAAGAAGGUUUUGUCACAAUAACGGAGCUGGCAAAGACCCCUGACCAUGCACCAUCUCGCACUUUCUACCUCUUCACCGUUGACAUCAGACAGGUGGCCCGAAUGCUGAAAGAGAAGUGCUUUAAGGCAAUAAGAAAUGCUAUUGUGAAGAGAAAUCUUGAAAUAAUGGAGCACAAGCGACUACUUGACAAGCAGGAGAGAGUGGACGCCAUUAUUGCUGACCUUGAGCAGCAGCUGCAGAGCGGCCUGGAAGUGGACCCUGCCCAGAAGGAGGAGGUGCAGGAGGUGAUCACACCACCUGAGAGACAGCAGCUGACCAAAGUGCACACCGUCACCAACACUCUUGAGAUGAGUGAGUUACAAGUGGAUGAAACACUUUUCAUUCUGGAGAGUUAUUUGGCCUUCACCUAUCAUCGCCCUGCACCCAAGAAGCAGCAAUCAGCAAUUCUCAUCUGACAGAAAAGAAUUUCUCGCCGUACAUCAUGUGAGCUUAAUUAAGAAAGUAAUUAUCAGUGUCUGGAUAAUGUUUCCAACCAUCUGUUCUUUGGAAAUCAAAAAGACAACCAACUGGCUUCUUUUUAAUGAAUUGCUGUGUUCCAGUACCAUUGGGGAAAUGUACUUUAAAGGUUUCUGAAGUAAAAUUAUUGAAACAUUGCGAGAUCAGAACUAUUUUUAGCUAUAUUUCUGACUUGGCUUGCAAAUAAGGACUUGGAAAGGACCUGUUACAACCCUGAAUCACAAUAAACUUUUACGUGUGUU